AUCAUUUACAACUCGACAUACUGACAGGAGCUGUCAAUCACCAAACCUUUCAAAAUUGUCAUUGGUGCCGUAUAAAAGAAAUGAAACGCAAAUAAUCAGUUUAAUUUUUUGUUUUUGAAGUGAAGAUAAGACAACAGUAAUAAUAAAAGCGGAAAAUUAAGCCAGUUUUAUCUAGGAUCUCGACGAAUUAUUCGUUGAAAUGAAGGGCUACAUCCUCUUCGUGCUUACAGCAAUAAUUGCUCUGGCCAGUGGUGUGUUCGUACCACCACGUCCAGGUCACAAAAAGAAGCAUGUGGAGCUACUAGGAGCCAAAGAAUGCACCUGGGGACCAUCCUACUGGUGCCAGAAUCUAACAGCUGCUGCAGAUUGUCAUGCUGUACCUCAUUGUAUACAGACAGUAUGGAUUCACAAGAAAUUGUCCCCAGACACAAGCAGUAUCUGUCAGACCUGCUUAGACAUGGUUAAGCAAGCUAGAGACCAACUUGAAAGUAAUGAGACACAGGAGCUGAUAAAGGAGGUGUUCGAGGGCUCCUGUAAGCUCUUGCAUAUCAAGCCAAUAGUGAAGGAAUGCGACAAAAUUGCCGAUGACUAUAUUCCAGAGCUAAUUGACACUUUGGCUUCUCAGAUGAAUCCACAAGUGGUGUGCUCUGUGGCUGGACUGUGUAAUAACGAAAAGGUUCACAAGUUGCUGGCAGAAGCAGGCGAAAAGAUUGAGACUAAGUCCAUAGCUAAAGCUGGCGGCCCUAGCACAUGCGAAGGUUGCCAUACUGUCAUUGGAAUAUUGGAAAACAAAUUCAACCGAAUGAGUCGUGAUGACGUUCUUCACGCUAUGCUAAGGAUGUGCGGCAAGACAGGCAGCUUCAGUGAUGGUUGCAGCAACAUAAUAAUCACCUACUUCAGCAAAAUCUACCACCAUUUGCAAAACCACCUGAACGCAGAAGAAGUGUGUCUGAUGUCAGGAGAGUGCAGCGCUCAGUUCCAUAAGCAUGCCAACGUUGAAAUCACGCCUAUGUCACAUGUUGGAUAUGUCCCAGUCGAAACUACUGAGAAGGACGAUCUCCCUUGCGACCUGUGCCAGCAGCUGGUACACCACCUGAAGGACCUUCUGAUCGCCAACACUACAGAAGACGAAUUCAAGAAGGUACUGAUGGGUCUUUGCAAUCAAACCGGGGACUUCAAACAGGAAUGCACCAGUCUGGUGGACCAGUACUACUACCAACUCUACAAAUACCUGUGCGAGACCUUGGACGGAGCUACGGUAUGCAAAGCUAUAGGCAUAUGCCCAUCACCACAGCAGGAAGAUGAUUUCUUCGCGCCAUUGCUACCACCAUCAACUGCCGAAAUUGCUGAAAACUUGAAGAAAGAUCCUGAAAUGGCUCGCGCUCCUAUCCAGACUGAUGCAUCUUCAGUACGAGUAUUACCAUUUGAGACAGAACAAGACGUCAUUCCUGAGCAACAGAUACCCAUUGAAGCUAUGGUACCUCCACAUAUGCAGGUGCUUUACAACAGAGAAGUAUGCGAAUUCUGCCAAUACUUCUUGCACUACCUGCAAAUUGCGAUCACUGAACCCAAAACAGAGGAGAAGAUCAAAUCAGUGUUAGAGAAGGCGUGCAGUAAACUACCAUCUGUAGUCAAUGAAACCUGUGUCAACUUCAUCGACGAUUACGAACCAGCUCUUGUAGCAAUAUUGGCACAGGAUAUCGAUCCAUCUCAAGUAUGUCCAAUGAUCAGAGCGUGCCCAUCAAAGUCAGCUGACGUAGAAAUUUUCAUGGAGGCUGAAGGAGACUCCAAAUGCCCAUUGUGUCUGUUUGCUGUGACCAAACUGGAGAGUAUGGUGAAGGAUCAAAAGACGAAGGACAACAUUGAAAGAGCUCUCGACAAAGUCUGCGACCAUCUGCCUAGCAACAUGGGCGAAGAAUGCAAAGAUUUCGUGAAUACGUACUCCAGCGAAUUGAUUGAAAUGCUGAUCGCUGACUUGAAACCUGAGGAGGUGUGCGUCUACUUGAAACUCUGUCAAGACGGAACUCCAGCACCUAAACUUCCGCCUUACGUUUUCAGACAUACUGUCGGCGAUAUUGAAACUAACGUCAUCCCAGACAACACAAUAAAUGGCCAGUACAUCGCCUCCAGGAGAGAAGAUAUUAUCGAGGACAGUCCCCAAUGCGUUCUUUGUGAAUUCGUCAUGAAGGAGAUUGAAGAUCAACUAAAGAAUAAGAAUAAUGAUCGUAAAAUUGAAGAUAUCGUCAGAGACAUUUGCAGCGUGAUGCCACAUUCCGUGAAGAAGCAGUGUAAUGACUUUAUCGACAAAUACGCAGACACUGUCAUCCAACUACUGAUCCAAGCCUUGGAACCCAGCGAGAUCUGCACUAUGAUGAAAAUGUGCAGUGACAAAUUAAUCAACAUGAAAGUUGAAAUUUUGGACUGCCCCAUUUGCGAAAUGACAGUGGCAGCAAUGGAAAAGAUUUUGGGAAAUCCCAGAGUCGAACAUGAAAUCGAACACGUUUUGGAGAAGACCUGCAGAGGAUUGCCUGAAAAGUACAGACAUAAGUGUGGCGAUGUUAUUGACGAAUAUGGAGAUGUAAUGUUCGAGAUGCUUAUACAUCACACGAACAAAAAAUCUGUCUGCCGCGACCUGGGAUACUGCAAAACUACCCAACUUGAUAUGUUAGUCAUAGAUUAGAUAUUCGUGAUAUAGAAUACUCUCUAUUAGGUAAGUUUAGUCUAAGCAUAGGCUAGACAAACUGCUAAUCUCAUUAUGUUUUGCAGAUGUUGUAUACUUAUAAAAUAUAUGGUUUUGUCAUAUGGUGAACCAAAGUUUGAACAAACAUCUACAAUAUAGUUUAGAUUAUGUACUUUUAGUUUAGUGUUCAGUUGCAAAUACUUAAGGGUCAAAAUAACUUACUUUUGCGCCGAAAUUUUUGAUUGGCAACUGUGAUAAAAAUCUUUGUGAAUUUUUAAAUGUGUCCAUUUAGUUAUGUGGCAAAUAAAAUGUUUAGUUAAAAAAAUUGUUUCAUUUUCUCCAUCCAAUUUUAGCAUACGCAGUACCUAUGGUUAUCAGGAACUUAUCAUGCAAACUUCGUGCUAUUACGUGGCCUGAGAUAGCGGUAACUUACGAAAUUUGGUGGUUUGAUAUGUUUAGUACUCUGCUCCUCGCCGGUCAUGUCCAA